UUAUCCUUGAGCUCAAUUUUGAGAUAUUCCAAAAUUUCUCUUUGAUCGUUUAUAUUUUCAUAAACUGACUACAGAGAGCGCUGCAGUUCACCAUUAUUUUACAACCUCCUGGUCCGUAGCCACGCGCUUCAGUUCAAUCACCGGCCACCCCUCGUGGUUUCAUGUCCUCGUGGUCAUAGUUGUUUUCGUUUUAGUAUGGUUAGAGCAUAGUAUUUUAUAUUAAGUUUAACUGAUUACUUCAUCAUGCUUGUUCUUUUUGAGACACCUGGCGGAUAUGCCAUUUUUAAGCUGCUGGAUGAGAAAAAGCUUUCUAAGACAGAUGAUCUUUAUAAGGAUUUUGAGACACCAGAAGGAGCCAAUCAAAUUUUGAAAUUAAAGCAUUUCGAAAAGUUUUUUGACACAACAGAAGCAUUAGCCUCUACUACUGCAGCUAUUGAAGGGAAAAUUGGCAAAACUCUUAAAAAGGCCCUAAAAAAAGUAUUCAAAGAAGCUCAAGAACAAAUUCUUAUUGCUGAUGCUAAACUUGGAAAUGCUGUUAAAGAUAAAUUUGAUGUCCCUGUCGUCUCCAGUUCUCCUGUCCAAGAGCUGAUGAGAUGUAUAAGGUCUCAGACUGAAAGCUUACUCUCAGGUCUUCCAAAGAAGGAGUUCACAGCAAUGGCCUUAGGUCUUGCUCACAGCCUGUCUCGUUACAAGCUCAAGUUUUCUCCUGACAAGGUGGAUGUGAUGAUCGUGCAGGCAAUUGGUUUGCUUGAUGACCUUGAUAAGGAGUUAAACAAUUAUAUAAUGAGAUGCAGAGAAUGGUACGGAUGGCAUUUUCCCGAACUUGGCAAGAUUAUAACAGACAAUCUUGCAUUUGUGAAAAUCGUCAAAUUAGUUGGUACUAGAGAAAAUGUUAUUUCUACCGAUCUCUCAGAUAUAUUAACGGAAGAAAUAGAACAACAGGUCAAAGAAGCUGCUGAAAUCUCUAUGGGGACAGAAAUAUCAGAAGAUGAUAUUAUGAACAUACAGGCACUUUGUGAGCAGGUAAUAGAAAUGACACAAUACAGAACUCAGCUGGCUGAGUAUUUGAAAUCUCGAAUGUUUGCCGUUGCACCGAAUUUAUCUGUGUUACUUGGUGAAGUUAUUGGAGCUAGGCUUAUAGCACAUAGUGGUUCACUAGUCAAUUUAGCUAAGCAGCCUGCAUCCACUCUACAGAUUGCUGGAGCAGAAAAAGCAUUAUUUAGAGCGCUGAAAACUCAGAAGAAUACUCCUAAAUAUGGUCUUAUCUAUACUUCUAACAUUGUAGCUGGGGCCAGUAUCAAGAAUAGAGGAAAGAUUUCACGUACAUUGGCGGCAAAAGCUUCAUUAGCCUCUCGUGUAGAUGCUUUAGGAGAUGAUGUUAGUGGGAACACAGAUCUUGGAUUAGAAAUUAGGGCUAAAAUAGAACGACAUCUAAAAUCAUUAGAAGAAGGAAACUUAAGGAGGCUGUCGGGCACUGCCAAGACCAAAGCGAAGUUCGAGAAAUAUCAUGGGAAGAGUGAAAUAAUGGAGUACUCUGCCCAUUCAGAUUCCACUCUAGGUAAAAGGAAAAAAGAAAGUAAGCCAUUGAUAGAAGAUAUAACGCCUGUUGAGAUCAAAGCUGAAAGUGAAGAAAGCCCUCCCAAGAAAAAGAGGAAGGUAAAAGAAGAACCUAUGGAGGAAAGUGAAGUAACACAACAGGUAGACGAUACACCAUCCAGCAGUUCCAAAAAGAAAAAGAAGAAAAUUAAAGAAGAACUCGUUGCAGAAACUGAAGAGGUAGAAAUGGCGGAAGAUGUUGAGGUCAGCAGUUCUAAAAAGAAAAAAAAGAAGAAAGUCAAAGAAGAACCAGUUGAAGAUGAAGCAUAAUUGUAAAUAAAAAUAUUAUAUGUAUAGUUAUAAAUAUAUUUUCUGUUUUAUAAAUUUUGUUUGUUUGAUUUUUUUUAAUUAAAGAAAUAAAUACUCUUUAGAUGUAA